CGUCCUUUCUAGUGGUGCUCCUUUCUCUCACACCUUUCCUCCCAGAUCAUAUCCAGCAAAUCUGUGUGCUCUUCCUGAUCAGAUGGAGGGAGAAACAUAAAGACAGAGGUAAAGCUAAUUCAUCUUUCUGAUAGUUUUCCUCUUAUAUGAAAUUUUGAUAUUAGACUGAUAGCUGUGGUCAUUUGAAUACACAAAAACUUCAGUGUAUAUUAAAAUAUUUUAAAAAGAUGUUUUUGCCUUUGUGGGGCAUUAAACUUUCUCUCUGUAUUGGCUUUAAAUGAGUGGAAGAGGUUAUGUCUUAGAUGUUUUAGUUGCAGUUUAAAAUCUGAUACAGACUUGCAUUGAGUGUAGUUUUGGGUGCCCGCAUAGCAUAUUGCACUAUUGUUUUCACAAGUUUCUAUCAUUUUUCAUUCUGUCAAAUCAUCUGUGGUAUGUGAUAUGCUCAUUUGAGAAGUGAAGCCUUGUCUGUCAUCCCACACACUCCAAUGCAAGAUUGUUGCCUUACUGUGAUGAAUAUAUGUACAACAAAAGAUUAGUUUUUAUUUUGCAUUGAUUUAAAAACAAGGCUCAACUUGUUUCUUUUCUUUUUUUUUUUUUUUUUUCAGUGGAGUAUGAACCAUAACUUUCUAUACCUCAGGGUCCUACAGCUCUAUAAAAUGAGGCUCCAUUGAAUUGCUGCAUAUUCUCACCAGCUGGCUCUCUGGAUUUCCCACUCAAGCCACCCUUUUUCCUUUCUGCAAAUUUAGAUUUUACUUGCUUUGGCAAACCUGUUUGAUUUUAUUUAUUUAUUUAUUUUUACUUGUAUUUGCUUUAUCCACUGUUGUCUAAAUUUUGAAUGGGUGCUACUUUAUUUAGCAUUCUAAGUAUUUAUUUUCAUUAACAUUUUUUUAAUUAAGGAGAGAACAUCUUUGGUAAAAUGCUUCAUUUGUCUCAACGUCUCAAAGUAAAAUUAGUUUAAUAAAUAAUUAUAUUUAAAAGGAAUGCACAUCCACAGUAAGAUGCCAAGUUUCUCACUACUGACUGAUUCUGCUCAGUAACUGUCAGGUUAAAACGUACAACUUGAAGAACAUGUAGCUCACAAAACAAGUACUCAUGACUCAAGAUGAUUAAACUGAGUUAAAUAAACAGUGAAAAAAAUGUGGUACUAUGCCACUUCUGGCAAAGGACAGUAUUGCUUUAGAGAGGCAUAAAACCUGAGACUGAUGCAAGAGUAGCCUCUGAGUAGCCACUUUAUCUUAGAAGUGUGAAUGGGAACUCUGUGAAUAUGUAGCUGGCUGGUGCUGAAAAAGAGCAUGCAUGCUCAUUUAAGGUCUUGUUGGAACUCAGAUGGACACAAAAAAGUUUUAAAUAAGAUUUCCUAUAUCAAAUUCAGUGCUUACUAAUCUCAACUUUUUUAUUUCUAGGAGCAGCCUGGCAAAGUCCCUCCUUACAACUGCUCUCAGAGGCAUAAAGGAAGGAGCUCAUAGUUUUUUAAUUACUUAUACACUUAUUCUAAACGCAAUACAAUCUUUGGCCACAGCUGCUGGCUCAAAAUGUUGUUUACUCUAGGACUUCUCCUCCUUCUCACCCCAUUUCCAUCCUUUCAAACCACGACCAAUGAGAAGAGAGACGGCACAGGAAGUGAUGUGGCCAAAGCCCAUGCCGUUUACACCCUUUCAAAACCAAAAACCACUGCUGCCCGAACCAAACAAGUUGUUCAUUCCACCCUAAAGCCAAACACAGUCAGUCUGACAGUUUUACCCAGCCCAGCCUCCAACCAGAAACCAUCAACAGUCAACGCCACAGCAGCCACCAAAAGCAGGCCCGGCUCUGUGGUGAUUCAAACCACUCCAUCAUCAACACUAAAAGUCACUACAGCCAGCGGUACCCUCACCAACAAAGACAAGCAAGUCUCUGGCAAUCACACUGUUCAAGCUAAGACGACCUCAAAUCGUGAAGUUAAAGCUACUAAAGAAAGACCUGCCCUCACUGGAGCUCCAAAUGUUCACUCCACAACGCCUCCUUUAGUCACCAGGGAUAAAGCCACCAAAGACAAACCCCAACAGUCUGCCAAUCACACUGCUUCAGUGAAAUCUACUUCAACCAGCGAUGGGAAGACUGCCAAAGACAAGCCUGCCCCCACCGCAGGUCAAAAUGUUCAGUCAACAUCCAUUAAGUCUACUCCUGCCAGUGGCACUAAAACCACCAAAAACAAGCCUGCAGCCUCUGUCAAUCAGACUGUUGUUCAUUAUACUCCCCCUACCAGUGACAUGGAGUCCAAAGACAAGCCUGCCCCCACAAAAGUUCAAACUGUUCUGUCAGCACCAGUAAAGGUGGACAAGGAUAAAGUCACGGAUUCUAAAAACCACACUACUCAAAUCAGGCUCCCCAGCAGUGCAAGCAAAGAAAAGCCUCCCCCAUCACAACCAAUCACAGUGGUCAUCAGUGACGGCUGUGACUCAAGCCACGGCAAGGAGCAGGAGAUUAAGCUGAAGCCUGGCACUCCUCUAGUAAUGACUCAUAAGAUAAACCUGCAACCUGGGGGCUGCACUGGGGGAUGUGAGGCUGAGAUGGCAGCUCUUAAAGGACGUGUUGCUCGACUGGAAAGAGAGAUGUCUUCUCUGAAAGAGAAAUGUCCAUGUUCUGCAAAUUGUCCAAAUAACUGUGGCAGCAAUGGAGAAUGUGAGAAGGGGAAGUGCAUCUGCCAACAAGGAUUCAUAGGUCCAGACUGCAGACAUGACAAAGUGAAACCCAAGGUAACAACAGCCCUUCAGGUGAAUAAACACAAGGAAAACAUUGAGGAGAAAAUUACCAAAGUGCAGCAGACAGUCAUCCAAAAGAAGGAGCAGAAGAAGGGAUCUGAAGUCAAAGACACUGACACUAAACACUCUAAAGGAAAACCAGGAGUUGGAAAAGCUCAAGACAAACAAGAUGCCUCUGACAAGCAGAUAACUGUUAAAGUUUCUUUAAAUGGCCAAACCAAAACCAGUCGCCCAACUGCUGGGCAAGAUCUUCUGAAAAAUGAUGGAUUAAAACAAGAAGAGGCUCGCAAAGGGAAGACAACACUUCUGGCAACCAAAACCGUUCACCAAAAAACUGACCAUCUUAAAGACGAGCCUCAAUCUAAUGUAACACAGGGUCAUGUGAAGAAAGUAAACGGCACAGCUAAAAUUGUGACCAUUCUCUCCAAAGUCAUUAGAACAAACAAAACCAGAAUAGGAAAGGAAUCCUUGGAGCAAUCCAUGCUGACAGAGAAGAAUGUCACUCAGUUAUCUGGACAUAAGAAAAUCAAGACUCUCAAAUUAGACAGCGAAAGUGUACAAUCUGUUGACAGCAGAAAAAUUAGUACUGACAAGACUGCACAAAGGAAAGAGUCACAGAAGAGUAAAUAUGUUGUAAAUGCAACAACUGUAGCAUUAGACUCUAAUGUUCAGAACAAAACAACCAUCCAAGACUCUCUCACAAGCACCAGGAGAACUGGAGGUUUAGGGUCUGUGAAGGCUGUGAACAUCUCCUCCUUCAGCUUUACUGUCACGUGGUUAGCACCACAAGGGAUGUUCAACAACUUCACCGUGAUCAGAAAAGAGCCACAGACAGAGGGCAACAAAAACCAACUUGAGGGGUUUGAAGAGGAAACUCAUCAAAAAGACAAGAUGCCUACAUCUAGGAACGGGACUGAGGUACACAAAGAAAGCACAACUGCCUCAUCAAGAGGUAAAACUGAAACCAAGAGGAUCUCUAUGGUGGUGCCCGGCAAUGUACACUCUGUGGAGUUCAGUAAUCUUCGGGCGAACACACACUAUGUCUUGCAUGUAUAUGGUACUGGAGAAGACAGAAGAUCAAAGAUUCACAGAGUAACAGCAACAACAGGUCCUGAGCCACCCACAGACAUGGUUUUAAGCAAUGUAACACAGUCUUCUCUCACUGUUUCCUGGACCAAACCAAAGACCACGUUUACAGGCUUCAGAGUCACAUACAUCAACAUUGUCACAGGAGAGGGCCGCUUUGUGACUGUGAACUCUCAGCAGUCCCAUGUUGUUUUAUCUGAGUUGUCUGCUGGAUCCUCCUACAUCAUCAGUGUUGCUACAACUCAAGGCAGAGCCCAGAGCGAUGCACUCACAUCUGUUAUCACCACAGUGCCUGCCCCUCCAACACAUCUUCAAGUCGUCAAUGUGACAGAUACAAGAGCUGUACUUCAGUGGACACCUAGUCUGGGGAAAGUAGACCACUUCAUCCUCAGCUAUGAGUCCUCCAAGACCCCCAACGUGACAGUAACAGUGAUGCUGUCAGGAAACUCAGUGGACCACCAGCUGAGAGGCCUUCAGAGAGGCACCCUGUACACAGUCAAAGUGUUGAGCCAAAAAGACAGUCUCCAGAGUAUGGCCAUCUCAACCACAUUUACCACAGCAAAUGUGGUUAAAGCCAGUGAGAUCGAACCUCGCACUGCAGUGAUCACCUGGAAAACUUCUGUUGUAUAUCACAGCUACAGAGUGCUCUAUCAGGUGGCAGGAGAGGAGACCAAGGAGGUGGUCUUGGAGCCCACUGUCACAGAGUGUAAACUGACAGGGCUGUUACCAAUGUCACAUUACACUGUGGUGGUACAAGGCGAGAAAAAUGGACAGUACACAUCUGUUGUCACCUCAGAAUUUAUGACAGGAAAACUGCGUUUCCCCUUCCCUACCGAGUGCUCGCAGGAGCUGCUGAAUGGAGCUUUGAGGUCGGGGGAAGUGGACAUCUACCCACAAGGAAAAGGGGGACAAGUAGUGAGAGUCUACUGUGACAUGGAGACUGAUGGAGGAGGCUGGACGGUGUUCCAGAGGAGGAUGAAUGGAAAAACAGAUUUUUACAGAACCUGGAGUGAAUACAGGGCUGGCUUUGGAAACCUGAGUGACGAGUUCUGGCUUGGAAAUGAGCUCCUGCACAACCUGACCAGUGUUGGUCCAGUGAGUUUGAGAGUGGAUAUGAGAUCUGGAAAUGACGUGGCUUAUGCUCUCUAUGCCAACUUCUCUGUCGGUUCAGAGGAGAGGCACUAUGCACUUACAGUGUCUGGCUACACAGGAACAGCAGGUGACUCAAUGGGGUACCACAAUGGACGCCCAUUCUCAGGCCGAGACAAGGACCCUGUCCCUCUGGGUAUCCACUGUGCCAAGGCUUACAUGGGAGGCUGGUGGUACAAUAACUGCUAUAGGGCCAAUUUCAAUGGUCUUUAUGGCAUCAACAGUAAUAAUCAGGGAGUAGUCUGGAUAGACUGGAAAGGCAAAGACUUUUCCAUUCCCUUCACUGAGAUGAAGUUCCGACCCUCCAGGUUCUCCCCUACAACUUACGGCUAAAGAUGCAUCACUCUCCUUGAGCUCUGCAACCAGAAAAUCUCCAACCUGACGGAGAAUCAGAGCUCCAGAAAUCCAGACUACAGCGGAUUUCACAGCUGCUGCAUGUCUCUUUACAGCUGAAGUUCCUUGUAGGACUUGAUAGCUUUUACUGCAGCUGUCAAUAUAUUCAAUUCAAUGUGCAAGAUUUUUUUUCUGAGCUGAUUUUUGGGAAAUAUUAAACAACGUGAAGAUAUGUUUCAUUCUAACUUUUUGAAUGUUCUGCUGUUCAGUGUGACUCAUUCAGCUCAACGUUUGUUUUUUACUUUUAAUUCCUUCUUGUGCAACGUCAUCAUGGUAUGCCAGCCCACUACUACUGUACUUAAAUAUGCACUGUCUUGCUCCAUUGGAAUAAAAGUGGUUAAAGUGGGUAUCAAGUGUAUUUUCUUUUUUUUAUGUUGUGUGAACACCAUAAAGAACUA